AUGAACCCAGGCUCCGUCCCAGUAGGCGGACCUGCGAACCGACCGCCAGGCGCUGCUCCUGUGGUGCGCCGCAAGAAGCCUCAAUCUGAUCCGUUCUGGAAAGGCCCCAGGAAGAACCCAGCCGGCAUUAAGCAAGUAAACGGCCAUGCCACACCUCCCAUUAAUGGUCAACUUCCUCCUAAGCGGACUCCUGUGCCCAGUGGUCCACCAUCUGCCUCUCCCUCCAAACCUGCCAUACCCGACGUCGAGCGUGUAAGCGGGUUCAGUGAUCCGCGUCUCACUGCCGAGGGAAUUCCUUACAAAGACUACAAGCUCGUAACAUCAAAGAAAGACCUCCUGAACGGUCUGCGAUAUCAUCUUCUGCAGCUAGCGGGUGAGAAGCCUAUUGAUAUCCAUAACGAGACCGAAUUCCCAAAGCCUGCCCGCCUCCAUCGGCGUGAUCCUAGAGCACCACCACCGGGUCAUCCACAACAACAGAACAAAGAGGAAGAGGCAUUGCCCGAUCCAAAAGAUGGCAUGAAUGCCGCAGAGCGAGAAGAGGUGAAUAUGAGGAAAGAAGCUCGGCAAAAGGAGCGCGAGGCGAAUUUGGCUCAGAUAGCACCCUCGCAAGGGGCAGGGAAAAAGAUCAAUUUCAAGAAGAAGACGCAACAGGUCUUCCGGCCAGACUUCUCCGCCGAGGAAAAACGUCGGAUUCAGACCAACUAUGAGGAAAAGUUGCCAUGGCAUCUCGAAGAUUUCGACAACAAACAUUGCCUCAUUGGCCACCAUCAGAUGGGGUCGAUGGGCACUACCGUGGCAUUCGUCUACGAGCCUGGGGCCGAAUCUGGGAAAUUUCGAUUGAUUCCCAUCGAGAAGGUCUACCAGUUUAAACCCAAGCGCGAAAUCGUCCAGCGAAUGUCUAUCGAGGAAGCUGAGGCGGCCAUGAAGAAGCGGGGCUCAGAUCCUGAAUGGCUGAUCCGACUAAGAGAGAGCCGCAUUGCCGACGCAACGCGAGAUCUAGCCGCAAGGCAGAGCAAGGGACUUUUUUCAGGCGCCGCCAAGACGGAAAGCUUUGCGGGCAGAACGGGCGAAGAUGCUGACUUGGACUUUGAAGAUGAUUUCGCCGACGACGAAGAGGGGGAUCUCUUCGCUGACAAGGACGAGGAUGAGAAGUUCGCAGAGAAACGGAUUAAAGAAGAUCAGCUGCAAGCCAAUUUCCUUGACUUCAAGGACCUGAAGGAAUAUGACGAGGCAGAAGAACGAGAGCGGCGCGAAGCAGAAGCUCGCAAGAAGAAUUUCCGAGAGCUCAGGAAGGCUCUCGAACGAAGGGAGCGCAACUUCAACCAUGCUAGCGACUCGGAAUACGAGUCAACGACCGACUCUGAAGAAGAACGCGAGCGUUUGGAGCGCGAGCGUAUUGCCAAUAUUAAGAAAGAAGAAGAAGAAGCCGAGGGCAAGAAGUCUGCCCUUCCGUCGUCCGGGACGAACUCGCCAUCGGGCCGCAAGGAGAAGAGAGCCGGCACAGCAAGCGAUCGCGAAGGUGGGAUGAAGAAGUCCUCGUCCUCGAGAUCGCUAAAACGACCGGGUUCACCCAACCUGUCUGAGGCUUCGGGCACAGACGCGUCCACUCGAAAGAAGUUAAAGUCACGACAUAUAUCAUCUGUACAACCGACGCCGGGCCAGUCUCGCCCAAUGUCACCUGCAGACGUUCUCGAGCCUUCAGCAGCCCUGAAGGCACGCCGACGCGCUGCAGGGAGUGGCGCGGGAUCCGACACGGACACCAUGCUCAGCGAUGGCGGGGUCAUGUCGGACGCGAGCCGGGCCAGGCGACUGAAGUUGAAGAUGUCCGUCUCACCGCCUGCAACAGGGAGGUCGACGCCACAGCCCUCUUCACGCGCCGGCUCGCCUGCACCGCGAGGGGCACCCUCUCCUAUCCAGCAACCCAUGAGUCCGACCGUUUUUCCGUCGGUGCAAGACAUCAAAAACGCCAUUCCGUCCCAAGGUAUAGCGAUCAAGGACUUGAUGAAAGUCGUGGCACAUCCGAAGGACCGGCGGGCGGAUUUCGUGGCCUUGGUGCGGGAAGUGGCGCGUAUGGAUAAGGAGAGAGGGGUGUUGGUAUUGAAAUGA